UCUUGAGGUUCAGGUUAUCGCAUCAUGUAAAUGACUCUUAGAAAAUCACUCGUCAAAUAUUAGUAUGCCCUUUAAUUUCAAUAAGAAUUGAGUAUAAGAAUACUUUUGGUUUAAUGCAUUUAUUCAUUUUGUUACCAGUAUUUAUUUUGAUAAGGAUAAAUAUUUAGUUAGGUACAAAAAUGCAUAAUCAGUAAACCCUAAAUUAAUAAAAUUUAAUGUUUUCCUACACAGUCAACAGUGACGUGUUUUUUCGUUCUUGUCAGUUUGUUUCUUUGUUCGUUUGCUGCAUUUGAUAUAUAAUAGCGGGAUUCUGAUGCAUGGUUUUUAGAGAUUAAGCCAUCUGAGCUCGGUUGUUUUAUGAUUUAGCGAACCUUUAGAGCGUUUUAUAAGGGCAGUAAAUAAUUUGCAGGGAUUAGACUAAAUAUCUUUGUGCAUCUACUUGGUUGGAGAAGCGUCUGCUAAAAUACAGACAAAUGGACAACAAAAGUGAAGGAAAUAACGUUGAUGACCAACCUAAUAUUCCCAAAGACGAGUCUUCUAUUUACGGAAAUGGGAAUAUUGACCCAUGUCAACCAGCUUCAUCGCCCAGGUCAGAAGAGCGUGACGUCAAUCAAAAACGGGAGGAUUACCUGAGUUGGUCGGAUUACUUUAUGGCCGUCGCUUUCCUCUCAGCGAUGAGGUCAAAGGAUCCAAGUUCACAGGUUGGAGCAUGUAUUGUUAACGACGAGAACAAAAUUGUUGGGAUCGGGUACAAUGGAAUGCCAAUUGGUUGCAGUGAUGAUGAAUUUCCUUGGUGCAAAAAUUCCCCUUUGGCAAUUGGAAAUAAGUAUAUGUAUGUUUGUCACGCGGAAAUGAAUGCCAUUCUAAAUAAAAUUGUUGGACAAUUAAAAAACUGUAAAAUUUACGUGGCAUUAUUUCCUUGCAAUGAAUGUGCCAAAUUAAUAAUUCAAUCUGGAAUCAAGCAGGUUUUUUACUUCUCUGACAAAAAUUGGACAAAGGAAGAGUGCAUUGCUUCGAGAAAAAUGUUUGACGCUUCUGGAGUUACCUACACGAAACAUAUACCAGAGAGCAAAAAGAUUGUAAUUGACUUUGAAGCAAUUAACUGGAAUAAAGAUCCACAAAUGCCACAAACGCCAAAUAAAAAUUAAAUGAUUUUAAUUUUUUUCUAAAGUGCUUGCAGAAAUAUUAGUUUAUUUCAGGGCUUUCUUAAUGUUCCUGAUUUUCCCUCAUGGAAAAAUGUGGAACUAAAGAGUCAUUAUUGUUGCGAAUUUUGCAUUAUUAAAAAACACUUCGUUGAUGAUAUAGUUUUACUUGAUGUCUGUUUUAUUGUAAAUUGUUAUAACCAUUCUUGUUGCAUUUUUAUCAUUAAUAAAUAAAAGUUUUUACGAUUGAUUAC